AUGGCCAAGAAGCGUAGCCGCUCAUCUGACUCCGAUUCCGCUUCAUCGUCGUCUGAUGAGGAAACAACAAAGAAAGUCACCAAGCCGACGGCGAAAAUUGUCGUCUCCAGCGAUUCAGAUAGCAGCUCUUCGGAUGACGACGACGAGUGGAAUGCCAAACCCAAGGCGAAGGGCAAACGAGGCAAAGCGGCUGGCAAAAAACAAGCGCCUGCGAAGCAGACCAAAAAGAAGUUCAAACCCAGCGAGAGUGAUAAUGAAAGCAGCAGUUCUAGCGCGUCUGAGGUGGAGGAGCCGAGAAAGAAACCGCCAGCCAAAAGUCGUUUCAACACUGCAAAGAGAAUGAACGAUGAACGGGAGGAAGGAGAAGUUGAAGACGCUGAUGAUGAUGAUGAUGAUUUGGACAUGGAGUUCACUGACGGUUAUGAUGAAAACCUUUUCGGUGAUGAAGACGAUCAACGCAGGCUGGCAGAGAUGACUGAAAAGGAGAGAGAACAGGAGCUUUUCAACCGCAGUGAGCAGCGCGAAGUCCUGAAGUCGCGUUUUGAAAUUGAACGCAAACUUCGUAAGGCAAAGAAGCAGCUAAACAAAUCAGGACCCGCAAAGAAAACCACUGAAAAGAAUGAAAAGGUGGAAAGCCAAAUCUACAAUGACUCGCUUGCUGCCGAACGACUAGCCCUGGAUUCUUCAGGACGCAGCGUCGAACGCAGACGCAACAUGGAGGACAAGCGCAACUUGAAGGAUGCCAUCAAAGGUCUAAAGGCUGAGCGAGAAAAGAAGAAGCUGAAACAAAAACUCAGAGCAGCUGACGUCUAUUCAGACUCUUCCGAAUCGGAUUCUGAUUCUGACACCAAGAAGAAAGCUCCGAAAAAGACCUCCUCCUCGUCCUCCUCCUCGUCGUCAUCCUCAUCAUCAGAUGACGACAGUGAUACCGACGUGAAAGGCAAAUCUGACAAGGAGAGCCGGCGCCGAGGUGAGGCCUGGGAAAAGGGCCGACCAAGCGACGUCGAAGAGGAGAAGUUCAACUUUGACCUGACUCAACUCAACUCGAUAAGGAUUUCUCGCUUCAAAAUGGAAAAGUGGUGUCAUGCUCCCUUCUUCAAUAACGCCGUCAUUGGCGCCUUUGUUCGAGUCGGCAUUGGAAACACUGGCUCCGCUCCGCAGUACAUUGUCGGCCAGAUUUCCGAUGUCGUCUUGACUUCAAAAAUUUACAACCUCGGAAAGGCUCGCACAAACAAAGGAAUCAAGAUCAGCUAUGGAAAGAAUCCGGAACGAACUUACCGACUUGAGUUUGUUUCCAACUCUGAGUUCACAAGAGAAGAGUGGGAGAAGUACAUCGGCAAAAUGGCCGGAGACAACUGCAUGCUACCUAAUCGGGAGUUUGUUGAACGGAAGAAGGCCGACAUCGUGAAGGCCUGCAAUUAUCAGUUCAGUGAUACUGAUGUUGCGCAAAUUGUGGCAGAGAAGGAAAAGCUUCGCAGAGAUACGCCUGUCAACUUUGCUAUGCGCAAGACCCAGCUGAUGAAGGACAAGGAGUUUGCCGAGCAGAACAACCAACAUGAACGGGCAAGUGAACUCAAAGCGGAGAUUGAUCGCUUGGAGGAGGUGGCGAAGCAACGUGACACCAUCCGAACAAAGAACAUUGCCUCUAUCUCCUAUAUAAAUGAGCGAAACAGAUUACGUAAUAUUAAAGAGGCGGAAAAGGUCAUUGCAGAAGCGGCCAAAGAGGGCAACAGUGUCCAGGAUGACCCGUUCACGCGACAGAGGUGCGCUCCGAAGAUGAUAUCCGUCUUCAACAAGAAUAAAGGUGCCGUAGGGGGAGCAGGGGGGAAAUCGUCGCAGGAAACGGACAGUAGAGAAAACGGUGCAGAGUCGAAGAGCCUCAGCUCGGGAAGCUCACAAGGCAGCAGCAGCCUCUCCACAAAUGCUACUUCUGCGACCAGCAACGGCUCCACAUUGUCUGGCGGAAAGGCGUCGGCCAGCAAAAGUGUUGAGCCAAGCGCGGCUGACGAUCUCUUUAGUGCUCACAACUUUGACAUCAAAAUCGACUUUGAUCUUCCCCUGCCCCACAAUUCCGCCAGCUCACUGAACGGCGACAUUCUCGCCUCUGGCCCCUUCACCAACGGCAAGACGAUGGUCAAUGGCUUCAGCGAAGCUCGUCCAAGCUCAAUGGUCACCACUGGCACUCGGCGAUCGCUCAACUUGGACGAGUACAAGAAGAAGAAAGGACUCAUUUGA